UACUCCUCACUCUAUAUAAAAACGGGGGCAGGGGUAAGGCUCUUCCAAAGCACUCAAAUCUCCCAAACUGUCGAAUAUUGGUUUCCCAAUAACCAUGUCGACUGAAAUUGAGAACAAGAAGGUAACCCUAAAAAGCUCCGACGGAAAGGAAUUCGAGAUUGAUGAGGCUGUUGCUCUUCAAUCUCAGACCAUCAAGCACAUGGUGGAGGAUGGCUCCGCUGACAAUGCAAUCCCAUUGCCCCAAGUCACCGGCGUCAUCCUUGCCAAAAUCAUCGAGUACUUGAAGAAGCAUGCUGAGGACAAGGAAGGCAAGAAUGAUGAUGACAAUCAGACGGACCAGGAGAAGUCUCUCAAGAAGUUCGACGCCGAUUUCGUCAAAGUCGAGCAGUCCGUCCUGUUUGAUCUUAUAUUGGCAGCAAAGUAUCUGAACAUCAACAAGCUGCUGGACUUGACAUGCCAGACUGUGGCGGACAUGAUCAAAGUACAGUCUCCCGAGACGAUUCGUCGCGUUUUCAACAUAAAGAAGGGCUUCACUCCUCAAGAAAAAGAGAUUAUCCGAAAGGAAUAUCAAUCGAUUCACUACAAUUAA